UACUUACAAGUUUCCUCCGUCGCCGUGUUCUCCUCUACCUCUCCCUCUCUCUCUCUCUCUCUCUCUCUCUCUCUCUCUCUUUCUCUCGCCCGGAGCACGAAAGAGCAGAGCUAAAGUCGUCCAAAACCCUAGAAAUCGUACUGCAAAAUCUAAUUUUUCGAUUAAUUUUCGAGACUUCCAUCCAAAUUCCUUCCUAAGUAGGUGGUAAUCUGCAACAAUCGAAGAGUAAUUAUGGCGCCGACUGGAAUUUACGACGAUGUGAAGCCGAGAGAUGUGUGCAUUGUUGGUGUGGCACGUACGCCGGUUGGUAGCUUGCUUGGCUCGCUGUCAUCUUUGUCCGCCACUAAGUUAGGCUCCAUUGCUAUCAGAAGUGCUCUUAAAAGGGCGAAUGUCGAUCCAACUCUUGUGCAAGAAGUCUUUUUUGGGAAUGUUUUGAGUGCCAAUUUGGGUCAGGCUCCAGCUAGACAAGCCGCCUUGGGCGCUGGUAUACCAAAUACAGUUGUCUGCACCACCAUCAACAAAGUUUGCUCAUCUGGAAUGAAGGCUGUUAUGUUUGCGGCCCAAAGUAUCGAACUAGGGACCAAUGAUGUUGUUGUAGCUGGCGGAAUGGAAAGCAUGUCGAAUGCCCCUAAAUAUGUCGUAGAAGCAAGAAAAGGAUCUCGAUUUGGACAUGAUACUCUUGUUGAUGGAAUGCUUAAAGAUGGCCUUUGGGAUGUCUAUAAUGAUUUCCCGAUGGGAAUGUGCGCUGAAUUGUGUGCAGAUCAGUACUCCAUUACAAGAGAAGAGCAGGACUCUUACGCUAUACGAACCAAUGAACGUGGAAUAGCCGCUCGCAAUUCUGGUGCCUUCUCUUGGGAAAUUACUCCGGUUGAGAUUUAUGCUGGAAGAGGGAAACCACCAAUUGUUUUCGAUAAGGAUGAAGCUCUUGAAAAGUUUGAUCGUGUCAAACUCAAGACACUCCGACCGAGUUUUAAGCAGAAUGGUGGUUCCGUAACUGCUGGCAAUGCUUCUAGCAUAAGUGAUGGGGCUGCGGCACUAGUGAUUGUGAGCGGAAAGAAAGCCAAGGAAUUAGGGCUUCAAGUGAUUGCGAGGAUUAAGGGAUAUGCUGAUGCAGCUCAGGCACCCGAGCUAUUCACAACGGCGCCAGCACUUGCUAUACCAAAAGCUAUAUCAGAUGCCGGCUUGCACGCUUCUCAAAUAGAUUAUUACGAGAUCAACGAAGCUUUUUCCGUGGUGGCCUUAGCCAAUCAGAGGCUUCUUGGCAUUCCUUCUGAAAGGCUCAAUGUUAACGGUGGAGCCGUAUCGUUGGGGCAUCCGAUAGGUUGCAGCGGCGCCCGAAUCAUUGUUACUUUGUUAGGGGUUCUUAGACAUCGAAAUGGAAAGUUUGGAGUUGCCGGAGUUUGCAACGGCGGUGGGGGUGCUUCGGCUCUUGUUGUAGAGCUCAUGCCACAUGCGACGGUCCGACGUUCUUCGUUGUGAAUGGUGAUCUAAAAAGGAUGCGGCAAAAACGCAGAAGCAUACGAAAUAACAAAAGGAUAGCUGUAAAUGGAUGAUAAAUAAGUCGCGGGGGAUUGCCGACGAUUGCGAUGAGGCAAUUAAGAAGUGUUCAAUGAAAGGUAAGAAUGUUAUAUAUCCUAAACAAAAAUCCCUGUCUCUUUGUAAGCAUAUGGUUGUGUAACUCAAACCACUCAAAUUCUAGUAAUUAAACUUUAUUCAUUAUGAGCAAAUUUAUACCUGAUGAAGAGAGAUAGAUGUUGUAUACUACAAAAAGAUGAUGUUCUAUUUUUAACUGGAUGAUACCGCGAAAUAAUAUUGUUGAAAUAUCGACU